UGUAACCAUGGAGACGCCGGGACAACAAAUCUUCCAUGACUGUAUUUCUAGGCGCUGGGAGAGCAGAGCAUUCCCACGGUGAGCAAGAGCAAUAGUGACAGCCUUAGAAAUACCAUCCUGUCUAACUGAACGAAGAAGAAAAAGAUGUCAGCUGAAGAAACUAACCAAAGUAUAGAUGUAGCACAGCAAACUGAUGUAGAGACAAAACCAGAUGAUGAACUGGCACAAGAACUUUCUGAAAAAGAUAUUGUAAAUAGUGAAAACAUUUUAACAAAACGAGCCCAGAACAUACUGAAGGAACAAACCCAUACUGAAGGACAUGCAGAAAUGAAGCAACAAUCAUUUUCUGAGACAGGGACUCAGAUGGAUAUGGAAUGCAUAGAACCACAAAAUGAAGAGGAAAUUAAUUAUCUGGAGAGCACAGCCACCGAUGUGGCGAAUUCAUCUCUCGGGGUGGGACUAAAUGCUCAGGAACAUGGCCAUAUAGUUUCACAUUCAACUGACAAGUUAAAUACAGAUGAAGAAAGAACAGAGGAAGUGGGAGUCUGUAUACAAAUGGACACUGCAAUAGAUCAAUGCUCAAGCAAGUCAAGACAAGAACAUGUGCUUGAUGUUAAACAAGAAGAGGAUUUGGCAACUGGUAACAUGUCAAUAGAAGAAGAAACUGAUGUAGAGGAUCAUAAAGUUAACCCAGAAGCAAACUCUUUUGGUGAAGGUAGACUAGAAAAUACUACUCUUACAAAUAUGUCUAGUACUACAGCUACAGUCAAAAUUAUACUGGCUCCGGAUGGUGAUGUGGUUACUAUGGCAUUUUCAAUUAGCAAUUCUAUAAGAGACUUGAAAAAUUACUUUGCUUCACAACUGAAGAUACCUGAAACAAUAAUUCAGAUACUGUUUGAGGGACGUGUGGUAAAGGAUCAUGAGACAUUGGUCGAUCUUGGGGUCACACCUCACGGAACCAUUCAACUUGAAAUGAUUUCUUUGGAUCCAGAAAAUUUUUCAGUCAAAGCAUUAAAACUUCAACAAGAAAACAACAUGCCAGAUGUCAUAACUGUCAGAGUUCAAACAGAUGAAGGAUCGUAUAGAGAUUUAGUGGUGGAAAUUGAAAGGUUAAAUUACCGUAAACCAUAUCUUGGUGGAUAUCGGCAUAAAGCAACUGGAGUGGUCUUUCAUCAUGCUGGGACACAAACAGUACCAAAAAAGAGACCAGAUCGAGAAACUGUUGUGUUCUGUAGAGAAACACAGACUGUACAGCACAAGAACAAGAACCAGCAGUCUAGGAAUACAAUGUCGACACAGAUGACGAAGAUUGGUUGCUAUGUAUCAAAUAUAACUGAUAAAUUAAUUACACCAAAGAGAUAUGUGACAGCUGAGGAACUUCAUGCUCGACAACUUAAAGCAAUUAUAGUGAUCCAGACAUACUUUCGACGUUUUCAUGCCAGAAAAGUUGUUCAGCAACUGAGGGAGGAAAAAAAGCUUAGGCUGGAAUGGGAAGGAAGGGAAGAUUUAAGGAGAAAAAAAGAAAAGGAAGAUCAACUGAGAAAAGAUUAUGAACGUCGGAUGAAUCCGAAAACAAAAGAUGAUUUUGACCUUUUGUAUCAUGCCCUUGAAUCCUGGAGGAAGGAAGAGCUGGAGCGAAUUAACCAAACAUACACCGGUGCUGAAAGGAAAGCAGCUCUCUGUGAACUUCUAGAGCAGGAAACACAAUUAAUAGCCUCUAUAGGCAGGCAUAAGCUAAAUGCCAAUGAAGAAAACCAGCAACAGUCCAUACAGGUCCUCUUGAAUAAGUGCUCUGAACCAAAAAGGUGGAAAGCAUUUGAUGGAAAGACGACUGAAAUGGAUACUCAGUACACAAUCCGUGCAAGACAGCUUCGUGAUAUCUAUACCAGCAUAAACACACCAUACUUUAAUGCUGAUGAAAGACUGGAUGCACUUUUAACUCUUAAACUUACUGUGAAGGAGCAUGACUGUAAAUUAACCCAAGAGAUUGUUGAGCUUAUUGACAGAGAAGCUGAUCUUUUAAUGCGUGGGGUGCAGAACUCCAACUUGGAGGGACUGAGGAAAAGGAUAUCCACUCUCUUCUUGCAAUACAUAAAAAUACCAACUUUUAAUCCUGAGGUUGCCAGACUGCUCAAGGUUCCUGAAGAUUCUACAGCUCUGCGUAAAAACAUAUACUUCUGCCCCAGCUGCAAAAGCUAUUUGCCAUCCACUGAGUUUUCCCUUUCCUCCAUCGCACGUACUGUGGGACGGUGUCGCAAAUGUUCCAAAUUAGACAAUGAAGCCAGAGACAGAGAAGAACUUUCAAAAUAUAAGAUUUUAUUGAAACAACUAAAAAGAUCUGAGGCAGAAUAUGGUGAUGGAAGUAGAAUUGCAUUUUUGCUUCAGCAACAAGACCUGAAAUAUUUAGUUGAGAAUAUCUGGGCUGCACACUCAGCACUCAGUGCUUGCGAUGACCUCUAUGAUUUGGCUGUGGUGAGGUGGGAUAAAUACUUUGAAUGGUCUCCUUGGAAUUGCAUUCUUCUUACUAAAGAUGAAGCAACUGCUCAUCUAAAACUUGCCAAUGCUGAAAAGGCUUAUGGAAUUGGUUUUAUUCGCAAGAUGAAGCACAGGCACACCCUUGCCAAGAACUAUUUUUCCCAGAUCCCAGAGAUGGCACCAUUUCUGAAUGCAGAGAUGUCUAAUAAGAAUCCUGCAAAAAAUGAUCUUAUUAAUUAAUUAAACCAUUUCAACACUUUCCUGUGUUUAGGUUUUACAUCUGAGGCCCUGGGCACACGGAGCAGUUUGUCUGCUUCUCUCAGUGGAAUAUGACUUGGUGGUAUCUGACAGAAUGCUGGCAGUUCUUCUUUCUGCCUAAGUGUGCCAUUUUUACUGCUAUAGCUUGUUUUUGACACAACACUGUGAAUUCUUCUGUUAAAGAUGCCAUUAAAUAAUUCUAAAAAAUGUUAUAGUUGCAACUUAAGUAAGACAUGCAAACAAAAUAGUUUUAUACAUCUUUAUUGGGGAUCUCCACCCAAUAAUUAUAUAAUAUGUAACUCUAAGCAGCUUUUCAAUAUACACUGAUUAAAUAAU